CAGGACCCAGAGCCAUUUUAGCCUACAUGUGUGCUCAGGAGAAAUUCGGCCUGCGGUGCUCCACAUGCGCUCCAUGCACUCUGUAGAUAAUGUGCUGUUCUGAUUUGACUUGAACCCUGUCCAUUGUUUUGGAUUAGAAAACCUAGGACAAUGCCACAGACGGUUCGACCAUGCCAGGUUUUGGACCCUGGACAGUCUUUGAGGAUUAAGGAGGAAUUCUGGGAGAAAUUCCACCAUAAACAGAAGGCGGUGUUUGGUGGAGUGAAGGAAAUGCUUGACCUGGAGACUAAGGAAGUGGAUGAGGCGCCAAAAAUAGAGAUCUGUAUAGCUGAGGAAGGAGUCUGCCACUCGACCCCUCCAGACUCCAUGCAGCAGUGUAAGGAUAUGUCCCUAAAGAGGCCAAAGUCUCGGAAAAGAGGAGACACCGACAACCUCUGGAAGCAUCUACGGCGCUCCAGGAAGAUGGUUUCAGCAGUCAAGCAGGGCAGUAGUUAUUUUCAACUCCUCCAGGAGCAGGAAGAGCAGAAGAAUGAAAAGAGGAGGAAGAAAGAAGAGAGGAGACGCACCGAUCUUCAUCAUCCAUCCUCCAUCUCUGACUCUGAGAUGGAGAAUGAGGAGGAGAGAAGAUCUGUUAAAGGAGGAGUCUCCUCAUCAUCCUGGAGGCAGAGCAACAAGGGGUGGGGCCAACGACUCCGCCCCUUUACUCCGGUCCACCAAUCACUGACUUCAGAUCAGCCACAGAAGCUAUCAGAGGAACAUGUGUCUCGGCAGCUGUGCUGUCUGUGCUGGUUGUUGGAGGCUCUGACUCUGGAACGUUCUGGAAAAUUCGGACCUGUGGAUUCCUGCUGGGAUGCUAAGGAUCUGGGGCGAAGCAGAAACACUCUGAAGGCUGUGAAUAGAGAGAAGUUGAUUCAGGCCAAGUGGGAGCGAUUCAUCUCUCCACCAAAGUCUCUGCGUCCUGUAAUCAGACUGUCUCGCGUCACCUCUCUUACCCACAAGUCCUCAGCCCUCAGUGCUGUGUCAUCAUCUGUGUUAACAACCUCAUUGCUAGGCAACGUGUCCUCCUGUGAUGUCCCUUUUUCAGGUGAAGAGAGCGAGUGUCCGAGUGUGGUGAUGUCAGAGACGGAUCCUCCUGUUUCUACAUACUUGCAGACGCUGCUGGAUGAAGUUCACCAAAGUAUUUCUAAAGAGCUUUACGGCUCAACCACAGACUGCAGCAAAGAAACAGAUAUGAUCAGUUUUGAGACACUUGGAGCUCAAUAUAACACACAGGACAACACGGUCAUGGGGAAACUGGAGUCUCACACAGCAAAAAGUCCAGAACGUUCCGUAGCCUCCAUGGUUUUCAGCCAUGAGAAAGCAGCCAUGUUGGUGAAAAUGAAGCAAAUGUUUAAAGAAAGCGCUCAGGAACUAUCGCUGAGUUUAACCGACACUCUGGACAUUAAAGCCAAGAAGAGGUGGAUGAGAGGAGUGCAGAGAUAUCAGUCCCUCUCAAACAUGUCUUCCUCUCGAUGUUGUACUUCCUCUGUGCCGUGUGUCACCCCGAAUCCACAAGUACAGGGAUCUGAUGCACCCUACAGUACCCACUGGCUCUCAACGUUACUCUGCAGCCUACCCGCUCACACACACUCGAACAGGAAGUUGGCGUGUGUGUUGGAGAAACUGAACCGUUACACACUGGAGAGAACUCUGCGCGUCCGACCACACAUCUUCUUCAGGGUCCUAAACUCCCUCCCGCCCUGGGAGCUGUGCUGUCCUGACCUGUGUGUGGCUAUAGAGUUAGUGAGGGAGAACGCAGUGAGGAUGUCUACAGAAGAGUAUGACUGCUGGCUGCGUGGAUCAGCACAACUUGGAAAGUUAAAGCGUCCGUUCUUAUCCGACUUUGAUAAGCCGUACUUGAGAGCUAUCGAAUCCUUGAGAACGGUGGAAAAAAAGGGCUCAGAGGUCACAGAGGCAGCCUCAGGGGGACUACAGGGGGAGGGAGGAUUGGGAAAUCUCUGGAAUUACUUUACAUCCCGGUUCUGGGUAUUAACGUGCCAGAGUGUUUGUUACGUGAUUACAGUAUGACUGCUGACUAAGUCAUUUCCGAGCAGGCAUGUGUGAUGUCCAGCAAGUCUGCUCAGACAGACAGACAGACAGACAGAUAGAUAGAACUUUAUUAAUGUGGAAAUGUUGGGAUUUUCAGUUGUGUAUUGUUCUUUAAUUAAAUAAAAAUUGCUAUUGUUGGUAAAUGCCUGUGCAUUAAGAGGAGCAAAACACUUCAGGAUGUGCGGCUAUAGGAACAUAAUCCAUUGUGGGAGGUAACAGGUGAAACUCCGCUUCAUCACACCACCCCGAAGUUUCAGUGAACAUAUUAUAAGUUCUGUUGAGGAAAAAAGGGGAACAUUGAACAGUCUGUCUGAAUAUUUACUACUGAUCUAAUCUGCGAAAGUGUCAUCAUGCCUCGCGGGAACACACACACAGACACACACACACACACACACACACACAGAGCAAACAAAAUACAAAUUUGUU